UGAUGCCAACAAAGGAAAGUUGGGUGUGAGGAUAUGUCUGCAUUCACAUAGCUUCCUCAUUUUGAUGGCACUUCUCUUACUGACCCUGCGAUUGGUUCAUCUGCACACAAAUAGGAAGUCAACUGCCGUGUAGAAUACUUAUCAGUGACAUUCCACAGGAGAGAUUUACUGCAGAUGGAAAUACCCUAAAUCUUGUUCCACUUUGUAAGGGACCACCCUUGCCUUGCAGGCUGCAGUGUUUUAAAGGUUUAGCCCUCCCAGGACGACUGUUUCUACAAGACAAAUGGCAACAGAUUGAAUCUCAGGGACGUCUUCGCAUUUCAAAGGGCAGGUGUGGACAGUUUUCAGUAUCUGGGACGUCUCUCAGGUUUACUCGGAAGGAUCUGGCUGAGGAGGUCUGUCAGGGUUUUGAACUUCUGCUAAGUUCUUUGAGGACUUCUUGAAGGGUUGUGGGUAACCUGCUGGUCUGCCAAGUUUCAUACGGGACACUCAGGACAUUCAGCACCCUCAAUUACCCACCACUAGAGGGCCCAAUCUGACUAGAUACAGGAAGUAUUAUUUAAGUAAAUAUACUGUAUUUUUCACAGACCAUUUAGCCAAUAAGCUUCUCUUGGUACAUUCCUUCUGUGUUUUGUGUUUGUUCCAUAUAACUUAACACCAGUCUAAAAGUACAUGGUAGAUAAUAUAAAGAAUUAAGGAAUUACAUAAUAGCAUUGUAGACAUACUCAGACACACAGUAAUAUACUUUCAAUUGUCAUUAGAGUCUGGGAAAUAUGAAAGGAAACAAAUUGCAAAGAAAAGAUUAAUUAUUAACAACAGGUGUUAGGCCCAACCUGAUCAGCUGCCAGGAACAAGGAAGCUACUCCCACGUAAAUAAAAACCUGUUUGGUUGCUCUUUUGUUUAACCACCUUUGACUUGCAAAGAGGAAUGCAGGUAGCAGAGCUGUACCAGAGCUGUACGAGAGCUGUACAGUACUCAACUUAGGGCUAGCAAAAAUGAUGAAAAAACUCUUUAGCUUCCUGGCCCUUUUUGCUUUUGUUAGUAUGGUAUGUUUUCUUGUGGUUCUAUUCUACAGCAAAGACAGCACUUUUCUUCUUUUUACAAUGCCAUAUCGUAUGGCAGAUGGAAACAACACAUAUUUAAUAAAAGAACUCGUUCCAUCGAAGACUGAAGCCCAAACUGCUAGCCCAGAAGAGACACGGAAGCCACCCAAUACGAGCAAGACUUUGGGACCCUGCCCUGAAACCCCUCCAAAUCUUGUGGGUCCACUCCAUGUGGAGUUUAAUUCUAACCGGAGUUUGGAUGACGUGAGAAAGGAAGUUGGUUCCAUUCUUCAGGAAGGUGGACGGUACAAGCCACCAGACUGUAUUGCCCAACAAAAGGUGGCGAUCAUCAUCGCAUUCCGAAAUCGGCAUGAGCACCUGAAGCAUUGGCUGUAUUACCUCCAUCCCAUAUUGAUACGACAGCAAUUGGACUACGGAGUGUAUAUCAUCAACCAGGAUGGAGAGGGAGUGUUCAACCGGGCUAAACUGAUGAACACAGGCUACGUCGAAGCACUGAAGGAAUAUGAUUAUGAUUGCUUUGUCUUCUCUGACAUAGAUCUGGUUCCAAUGGAUGACCGUAACCUCUAUAGAUGUUUUAACAAUCCCCGACACUUGGCUGUGGCUAUGGACAAAUUUAACUUCCACUUACCCUAUAACGGCUACUUUGGUGGGGUUUCUUCAUUGUCUAAGGACCAAUACUUGAAGAUUAAUGGCUUCCCGAACAGUUUCUGGGGCUGGGGUGGUGAGGACGAUGAUAUCUAUAACCGAAUUCUUCACCGUGGAAUGUCCAUUUCUCGACCUGACUCGGUGACAGGAAAGUACAGGAUGAUCAAACAUGAGAGAGACCUGCACAAUGAGCCCAAUCCAAAAAAUCCUGGCAAAUUAAGCCAAACCCAGUGGACCAUGAAUAAAGAUGGCAUUAAUUCCCUUAAAUACACAGUCAAGGAUAUCGUGAAGGAUAGACUGUACACUUUUAUCACUGUGGAUAUUGAGGCUCCAUCAAGCUGAAUGAGGAUGGAACUGCUGUUGACUAAUGAUUCAUGGUGUUUCAGAACAGCCAUUGUAAUAUUUCUAUUGAACACAUGUAACUGUGAUGUUUUGGAAAUUUUCAUCUAAAGGCUUAGGACCUAUUAGGAACCAGUAAGUUUGGAACUGGUGAUUUUAUGUUCUUUAAAUUUUUGUGAAUCCAGUCUGUCAAUUCUUUAUCUAACCAAGGGAAGGUGUGUUUUGGUGUAGGGUUAUGUAGGUGUGUGUGUGUGUGUGUGUGUGUGUGUGUGUGUGUGUGCCCAAGUGCACUAAACAAACCGUAUGUAAGCUUUAUGAAUAUGAAGUAAAGACAUUGUUUCUCAGUUGCUUCGGCACUAUCCUCAAACGACAAUCAUUAGGCUAUUCCGUGAAAUGUUUGCUUAUUGCUUUCACACACAAUUCAAACUCUGUGAUAUAUUCAGACAACACUAGCCAACAGUCCGUUCAAGAACACGGAAAGAUGGUGGUUUGGACAGUUGGACACAAAGAUACAUCUUGGAGAAUGUUACAUCCAGCCAAGUUUUGUGUAUUGCAAGGACAUAUAAUAUCACAUGUGAAAUGGAUGAAACUGAGCCAGACUAAAAGCUCUUCACCAGUUACGAGGUGAAGAGGUUUUAUAUUUGAUUUACACAAUAUUUUUAAAAUGUCAUGCUUUUGUAUGUACAUACUGAAAAGUGUAAUGAAAUGAAAAGGGGAAGAUUUUUUGCCUCAGUGAUGCACAGGUUGAUUUAUCUUUAUUUUUGGAAGAAGACGUUUUGUGAUCUGUAACAAUGUUUUAGUAAAUGAGCUUAAGCAACUGGAAGAACUCU